AUGGCGGCGGUUGUAAUAGCAUAUUAUGCGGCAAAAGCUGCGGCGGCGCACUGUGGCUGGUGGCAGCGGCAAAAAUCGUUGCGGCGCACUAUGGUUGGUGGCGGCGGCGAUUAUGGCGGCGUUUUAUGCAUUAACAACGGCGGCAAAAUGCUGUGGCUGGUGGCUAACAUUGCGGCGGCUAGUAAUAUAAUGGAAACGGCGGCGUAUUUUACUGUGGCGUCGAUACGGACUGUUCGUCAUCCCGACGAUGCGGCGUCAACCCCGUGUUACGUCGACAUCAGCGUAUUUCAGUGGUGUCCUGAGCUAGUGUCGUCCUUCCGGCGGUACUGCGGCAACCUCUCGUUCCGGCAGUAUCCGGAGAAUAUGGCGGCGUUCCGGCGGCCUGAUGGUAACCUCGUAUUACUGUGUCGUCCGGAGCUUCGUACUACGUUCCCUGGUGUGUGUGUCGUCCGUCCUAGUACAGCGUAUGGUACGGUCGUGUCAUGUUCCGUGGAUUGA